AUGACAGAGCCAUUUAACUUUGAGAAAAAAGAAGGCAAGCUUCCAGCGCAUGAGUCUAUAAGAAGUCCUGGAGCACACCAUAACCAUCCUAACUUCAGGUUGAAAAGCCCAGAGAACGGAAAUAAAAAGGACAAUUUUUUGCUUUGUGAGCAAACCAAACAGUAUUUAGCUAGUCAGGAAGAUAGCUCAGUAUCUCCAAACCCUUCUGGUAUCAGUGGAGAAGUGGUUGCAUCCAAAGGAGAGAGGAAGGCAUUGUCAACAGGAAAUACAGUGUCAGCCUUAAGUCUUGGAAAUAAUUCACCACCCAAAGAAAUAAAAACUCCCAGCAAUAAUGUAUCUCCUGCAAAGUCAAAACAAUCACACAAGUUGAUUGAAAAUUCCUUGUCCAUAAGUAAUCCAGCACUCUUCAACUCCUUAGGACCUACUUUUCGGUCAACAACUUGCCAUCGAUGUGGUCUAUUUGGGUCCCUGAGGUGUUCUCAGUGCAAGCAGACGUACUAUUGCUCCACGGCGUGUCAGAGGAGAGACUGGUCUGCCCAUAGCAUCGUGUGCAAGCCUGUUCAGAAAAAUUUGCACAAACUUGAGGAUAAUAAAUCAACUUUUGAAACAAAGAAUGUUGAAGUGAAAAAUGAGAGUGACUGUCCACUUGGGAUUACUAAAGAAAGAGCCAUUGGUGCUGAGAAAAUAAUGUUUUCUGAUUUGAAAAGUCUACAACUCAAGAAAACCAUGGAAAUAAAGGCUACAGUUACUGAAUUCAAACACCCAGGUGACUUUUAUGUCCAGUUAUAUUCUUCAGAAGUUUUAGAAUACAUGAACCAACUUUCUGAAAACUUAAAAGAAACAUAUGCAAACAUGGUGCAUGAAGAUGAUUAUAUUCCUGUUAAGGGGGAAGUUUGUGUUGCCAAGUACACUGUUGAUCAGACCUGGAACAGAGCAGUAAUACAGGAUGUUGAUGUGCUGCAGAAGAAGGUACAAGUCUUGUAUAUUGAUUAUGGAAAUGAAGAAGUAAUUCCACUAGACAGAAUUCAUCAACUACACAGAAACAUUGACUUGUUUCCUCCUUGUGCCGUAAAGUGCUUUGUGGCUGGCGUUAUCCCAGCAGAGGGCGAUUGGAGUAAUGAUUGUAUCAUAACUAUUAAAUCACUGUUAAUGGAGCAGUACUGCUCUAUAAAGAUUAUCGACGUCUUAGAUGAGAAAGUGCUUACCUGUGCGGUAGAUGUUAAGCUGCAAAGUUCAGGAAAACUUCUAGACCAUGUGCUUAUAGAAAUGGGAUAUGGUGUGAGACCCAAAGGGCAGAAUUCUAAGAAGCAAAGUGAAGAUCAGAGUGAUCCUGAAGAUGUUGGAAAAAUGAUGGCUGAAAACAAAACCAUUAUAGACAGAAGUGCCCUGAUCCCGAAAGUGCUAACCUUGACUGUGGGUGAUGAAUUCUGUGGUGUGGUUGCCCACAUUCAGACGCCAGAGGACUUCUUUUGUCAACAACUACAAAGUGGCCAUAAGCUUGCUGAGCUUCAGGCAUCCCUUAGUGAGUACUGUGGUCAAGAGUCUCCACGCUCUGAUUUUUACCCAGCCAUUGGUGAUAUAUGUUGUGCUCAGUUUUCUGAGGAUGAUCAGUGGUACCGUGCCUCAGUUUUGGCCUAUGCUUCUGAAGAAUCUGUACUGGUUGGAUAUGUCGAUUAUGGAAACUUUGAAAUCCUUAAGUUGACAAGACUUUGUCCCAUAAUUCCAAAGUUGUUGGAAUUGCCAAUGCAAGCCCUAAAGUGUGUGCUGGCAGGAGUAAAGCCAUCAUUAGGAAUUUGGACUCCAGAAGCAAUUUGUCUCAUGAAAAAGAUUGCCCAGAACAAAAUGGUCAUGGUGAAAGUAGUGGACAGGCUGGAAAACAGUUCCCUGGUGGAGCUUACAGAUAAAUCUGUGACACCUAAUGUCAGUGUUGCUAAAGUUCUCAUAGAGGCAGGCUUUGCCACGGAGGAAAAGGAGAUGGUGAAAGAGAAAAGCAGUGAUGUGGAAAAAGCCAGUGUUCCUUCGAGUGUAGAAGAAAAAGUAGAUGUGUUGGCGUGGAUGUGGGUUGAACUUGCCAUUGACGAGACAGUAGAUGUUGUGGUUUGCAUGAUGUAUAAUCCAGGAGAAUUUUAUUGCCACAUCCUAAAAGAGGAUGCCUUAAGGAACCUCAAUGAUUUGAAUAAAUCACUAGCAGAAUAUUGCCAGCAGAAGUUACCUAAUGGUUUUAAGGCAGAAAUAGGGCAACCUUGUUGUGCCUUUUUUGCAGGUGAUGGUAACUGGUAUCGUGCCUUAAUCAAGGAAAUCUUACCAAAUGGAAAUGUUAAAGUACACUUUGUGGAUUAUGGAAACACGGAAGAAGUUAUGACAGAUGAACUCCGAAUGAUAGCAUUCAAAUUUUUAAAACUUCCAUUUCAAGGGGUGCGGUGCUGGUUAGCAGAUAUACAGCCUAGGAACAAACAUUGGACUAAAGAAGCUAUAGCACGAUUUCAGAUGUGUGUUGCAGGGACAAAACUCCAAGCCAGAGUGGUGGAAAUCACUGAAAAGGGGGUGGGAGUUGAACUCACCGAUCUGUCCACUUCCUACCCCAAAAUAAUUAGUGAUGUUCUGCUUAGUGAACAUCUAGCUUUAAAAUGUGGUUCACCACACAAGGACUUGCCAGACAGCAGACCUGUUUAUCAACACAAUCACCAACUUGACACUCAUCAAAUGUCUUCAGCCAUCUCUUCAGAGCAGUGGAAGACGAUAGAAUUGCCAGUUAACAAGACUGUGCAGGCAACCAUAUUGGAAAUCAUAAGCCCCAACUUGUUCUAUGCUGUCCCAAGUGAGAUGUCAGAAAAUCAAGACAAACUGUGCUCAUUGACUGCUGAAUUGUUAGAGUAUUGCAGUGCUCAGAAAAAUCGACUGUCCUACAGACCAAGAGUUGGAGAUGCAUGCUGUGCCAAAUAUACAAGUGAUGAUUUCUGGUACCGGGCAGUCGUUUUGGGAACGUCAGACUCCGAUGUGAAAGUGCUUUAUGCAGACUAUGGGAACAUCGAGACCCUGCCUCUUUCCAGAGUGCAGCCAAUUACUGCCAGCCACCUGGAGCUCCCUUUCCAGAUCAUUAAAUGUUCACUUGAAGGACUGAUGGAAUUGAAUGGAAGCUGUUCUCAAUUAAUGAUAGAGCUACUAAAAAAUUUUAUGUUGAAUCAGAACGUAAUGCUUUCUGUAAAAGGAGUUAUCAAGAAUGUUCACACAGUGUCAGCUGAGAAAUGCUCUGAGAAUGGCACUGUCAAUAUAGCUGAUAAGCUGGUGAUGUACGGUCUGGCAAAAAACAUCACAUCUAAAAAGCAAAGUGAUUCCAGUAAAGAAAAGACACAUAGGAUGAAUUGCUGCUGCACAGAGUUUACAGAAGCAGAUCGAAAAACAUGA